CAGGUGGGGCAGAGGUGGCUGCGGAGGAACGGCCAGCCUCCUCUCCGGGAUAAAUAGAGCCACGAGGGGACCCGGUGGGAUGGCAUCGGGAAGGGCCCGCCGUUUGCUUCCAGGCAGGCAGAGCGGCGGAGGAAGGGGGAAGGAAGGGAUAAAGAAGCGGGGAGCGAGACCGAAGCCCCCUCCCGCCCUCCUUCGCUCCCUUGGCGGCUCAUUGGGCACCGGAGCGCCCGGCGUCUCCUCCAGCCCGCCUUUCGCCCUAGGAAAGCCCUCGCCGUCUGCCCGGGUGGGGAGCCCGGCGGCCACCGCUCUUCCAUGGACGUCCUAGGCCACAUGGAGCUGACCGAGGGCUCCCUCUGCUCCUUCUCGCCCGCCGGCGAUUUCUACGACGACCCUUGUUUCAACACGUCGGACAUGCACUUCUUCGAAGACUUGGAUCCGCGGCUGGUCCACGUGGGAGGCCUGCUGAAGGCCGACGAGCACGGCCACCACCACCACGGCCACGAGGACGAGCACAUCCGAGCGCCCAGCGGGCACCACCAAGCGGGCCGCUGCCUGCUUUGGGCCUGCAAGGCCUGCAAGAGGAAGACCACCAACGCCGACCGCCGCAAGGCGGCCACCAUGCGCGAACGGCGGAGGCUCAGCAAGGUCAACGAGGCCUUCGAGACGCUCAAGCGCUGCACCUCCACCAACCCCAACCAGCGCCUGCCCAAGGUGGAGAUCCUGCGCAACGCCAUCCGCUACAUCGAAAGCCUCCAGGCGCUGCUGCGGGAGCAAGAGGACGUCUAUUACCCGGUCCUGGAACACUACAGCGGCGACUCCGACGCCUCCAGCCCCCGCUCCAAUUGCUCCGACGGCAUGAUGGAAUACAGUGGUCCUCCUUGCAGUUCUCGGAGAAGGAGUAGUUAUGACAGCAACUACUAUUCAGAAUCACUCAGUGAUUCAAAGCAAGGGAAGAAUUCAGUCGUUUCCAGCCUAGAUUGCUUAUCCAGCAUUGUGGAACGGAUUUCAACAGAGAGCACAGCCUGUCCUGUUCUACCCACAGCUGAAAGUGGGAUUGAAGGCAGCCCUUGCUCACUCCACGAAGGGCCCAGCCUGAGUGAUACCGGAGUCCAAACCAGCUCCCCAGCCAGCUGUACUCAGAUUCCUCAGGACUCUGCCAACAACAAUGCAAGCAACCCUAUUUACCAAGUGCUAUGAAGUGCAAAUAUGACAAAUGCUCUCUUUUAACCAGCAAUCGUACUUAAACCUGCAUUUCCAAGACUGAGAAUGAACGAUACUUACGGCUAUUUUUUUUUUUACUCGCUUUCAAAUCUAUCUAAUAAUUCCUUUUUUUCCAUGCUUGUAUUACUCCAAGAAUGCACUUAUUUAUUGGUUAUAAACAAAAGCUAUUUAAUUUGUAUAUAGAGGACUUUUAGAAUUGUGCACCAUGAAAUGGCCAAUGUUUUUACCGUGGAAAGGUCAAUGGACGGGGAUCCUUGCAGUCCUGGAUAGGCUGCUCAAUUCCCAUUACUAUCUGUAUACUUUAAGCAGCCAGAUGCAUUCAGAAUUGCUGCCUUUCUUUGCAAUUCCCUCCAUCUAAACCCCCACCCCAUAAUCACAUCCACAUAUAUGCAUAAAAGGUUGUGGACCACUUUUUUUUAAAAAAAAAAAGAACAAGAGCAAUUAUUUUGUAUACUUUACCAAAAAAAAAAGUUUCCAUGGAAAGAACAAUAAAAAUGUAUGUAUUUAAUGUUGCUUGGUUUGUUGUGCCAAACUUUAACUUUAUAUAUUUAUACAAUAUGGAUGCUGAGAAUGUUUUCAACACUAUUCUAAAUAAAGAUCCUUAUUUAUAAAAUGGUUGGAGUUAUUUGUCUUCAGCUAGGGAUCCCAGUGUAACAUUGACAAGUAAUUUUUAAUUCUGUUUGGUCAUAUAAAGUCCCCAAGAAUUUCAUGACCAAAAUAGAUUUUGGACAGAAUUAGGUGUGCUAUUAUUGUGCCUAUUCUGACAUUUUCAUUGCAGAUAAUUACCUGGCAAGACAUGCAAGCUGUUCACACAUCAUGCUAAGCCAUGUUUAUUCAAUAAUUCUGUGUGUAGAAUCAUGCGUUGUGGUAAACCACAAAACAACUGCAAUGCUGAAUUCACACAAUAUGCCAAGUUGUGAUUAAAUGCAGAGUGAUAUGUUAAACCCAGUUCAUAUUUUCUAGGGACUGCAAACUCAGUCAAAAAUUUCUCAUUCCUGAAAUGAGCUGGAUGUACUACUUUUUAUAUGUAAUGCAAUUUUAUAUUUGUAAUGUCAUGACCCUACAGUUUUUAUUAUCUAGAAAUAAUUUAAAUAGUAUGAGCAGUAGACAGGAAUCUAGAUUUUAGUUAACCCAUUCAGUUUUUAAGCCAUAUGUGGUUGGGUUGGUUUUGGUCUGUGUAAUGCUUGUUGUGAUAUGUGGUUUAUUCAGUUUAAACAAGGUAUAUCUUAAGCAUAACUCCAGUCAGUUUGAGGAUUGCUUGAAUAUGAAAAAAAACUUCUGGUAAUAGACAGUUUAAACAUUAUUACCAACAUCUGUUUUAAGAAUGGUAUUUAGAGUUUGGUUUUCCUGAAUCAUAUUGAUACAUGUUUAUGAACUCUUUAAUAAGUUCGUAUGUGAGAUCUUAUGAAUUGGGGGAACAGCAUUGGUGGUGUCAACUAUCCACUACUGCCAAAUUUAAAAUAUUAAAAUCAAAUAGGACUGGAUGUGAACACAGAUAUAAAAUAUAUGUUUAAUUUUGAGAAAAAAAUGCAAAUAUCCCUAGAACAUUGAAAGUUUAGCAAUAUAGUGAGACUAUUUUGUUCACAAUACCAAAGGUAUUUACCCCAAUCAAAUCAACUUUAUUGACUUAAAAUUUCUAGUCUAUUUCAAUCAGAAUUGGCAAACUGAUUUUCCUAUUAUGAAUGAGUUAUCAUGAAACCAUGGCUGCAAAAAAAUUACAAUUGCUUCUGCAAUUUCACUCUCCUUUUAAAUCACCUGCAGUUGCACAUCAGUUCUUGAACUUGAGUUUCUUUCUUUAAAGCAAAUUAGGAAUAAGUCAUGACUUCAUACUGUGGCUUACAGUAAAACCAUUCAAUCAUUCAAUCCAUUAUGUAUUGAAUGCAGAUUCAACCAUCAAUACAUUCUGCUUAUGUUGCUAUUUUGAUAAUGCCAGAAACUUUGCAUGGGAUACUAUAACAAAUACAGGGAAAAUUAUCCCUUCUAAUUAAAUCCAUUAUAUAUUUCAAAGGGUCACUUACUUACUUUGUGAGGUGGUACUAGUCAAAGAGACCCACAAUUCUUACU